AUGUUUUCUAUAUGUAACAACACUCACAGGAAGAACUAUGGUAGAAAUAAAAGCAUAACAAAUAAUAGAUCACCUGUUACUCUUAAAUCAAAAAGUGAAUUAACUAAACCAAUUAAAGAAGAAAAAUCACCAAAUGAAAAGAAAAAACUUUCAUUACUUGAUUUUGAUAUUGGAAAACCUCUUGGCCAUGGUACAUUUGGUAACGUUUAUCUUGCAAAACUUAAAAGAGAAGAAUAUGUGUGUGCUUUAAAAGUAUUAGCCAAAUUACAGAUUUAUAAAUAUAACAUGCAGGAACAGUUAAAAAGAGAGAUAGACAUUCAACACCACCUUAAUCAUCCCAAUAUUCUUAAACUGUACACUUUCUUUGAAGAUAAAAAUAGGUGGUUUCUUGUUCUUGAGUAUUGUAAGAAAGGUGAGUUGUCUGGGCUAUUAAAACAAGUUGGUCGUUUUGAUGAAAGAAGGGCUGCUGGGUAUGUAAAAUCAAUUGCAGAAGCUAUUGCCUACUGUCAUUCAAUAAAUUGUAUUCAUCGUGAUUUAAAACCGGAAAAUAUUAUGAUAGAUCAUCACGAUCAGGUUAAAUUAGCUGACUUUGGAUUGUCUAUUCAAACAAAUACUAAAAAGAAUACACGUUGUGGUACAUUAGAUUAUUUAUCUCCUGAAAUUAUUGAAGGGAAAGAUUAUGAACAGUCUGUUGAUGAUUGGGCUAUUGGUGUUUUAACUUUUGAACUAUGCACUGGAAAAGUUCCUUUCUUUUCGUCUAACGAGGAAUGUACUAGUAAAAAAAUAUGCAAUUUAGAUUAUACUCUUCCCAAUUACUUGUCAGAAGAUUGUAAAGAUUUUAUUCGCAGUUUUCUUGUUAUUGACCCUAACAAACGACUAAAAGCUGUAGAUUGCUUGAACCAUCCAUGGAUAACCAAAAACACAACAAAUUGA